GGAGCUUAAAGAGAUCAUAUCCACUAGUUAUUUAGCGAAGACUUUGUGUAGUUACUAAUUAUUUUCUAAGUGUGUGUUGAGAAAUGAAGUAUUUACAUUAGAACGACGUCAUGGAAAUUUCUUGUGAACUUCAGUUUGAACAUAAACUGUCAUGUUAUUCGUGAUUUAACAAAAUGAAGAUGUUUAAAUUCAAGCCUCCCCUUAAUGAUUCGGAAGAUCCUUCAUCUACAUUGACCCUGAGGUUUUCUGGUUCCUCUUCAGCAUAUGCUAUAAUCUUUCAACAAAAUGCCGGAAAACCCAAUAUCCAAUCUAAACAUCAUCGACGAGAAAUUGUAUUCAUUAGCCACAAAACGUGCCUUUAAUCGUUUUUCAUUUGACGAAAUUCAGUUAGCUACUCAACACUUUGAUAAUAAGUUGAUCAUUGGAAAGGGAGGUUUUGGGACGGUAUACAGAGGUCGUAUCUAUGACGCUAGAAGUGCUAUUGCACGUACUGUUGCCAUUAAACGGUCGAAUUCAUCUUCUAGCCAAGGGGAAGCUGAGUUCAUGACCGAAAUUGAGAUGCUUACCCAGUUGCGCCACUGUAACCUUGUGUCUUUAAUUGGUUAUUGUUCUGACAGCAACGAAAUGAUACUAGUUUAUGAGUACAUGUCCAAAGGGACCAUUGAGCAUCAUCUGCAUGAAGCUGAUACUCCUUUAUCUUGGAUGGAUCGACUCAGGAUAAGCAUAGGUGCUGCGAAAGGAUUACAGUAUCUUCACACAGGUUGGCGUCCCCAACAGGGAAUCAUACAUCGGGACGUAAAAAGCUCAAAUAUUCUUCUUGAUAUGAAUUGGGCAGCAAAGGUGUCAGAUUUUGGAAUGUCGAAAAUUAUACGUGAACCAUCUUCUGGGGUGAUUACCAUCCUUAAAGGAACAUUUGGGUAUCUAGAUCCAGAGUACUGUAGCACCGGUAAGUUGACUAAGGAAUCAGAUGUCUUUUCCUUUGGGGUUGUUUUGUUUGAGUUGCUAUCUGGGAGGCGUGCAGUCGAUCCACUGUUUGUAGAUGAAGGGAUUAAUCUGGCAAGCUGGGCUAAAAAGUUUAUCAAAGAACGGCGAAUAGAAAAGAUUGUUAGUUCUCAUAUUACAACACAAAUUUCUCCCAAGUGUUUGAAGGAGUUUGUUAAGAUUGCUGAUCGCUGUACAAAAAGCUCUAGAAAAGAACGCCCUGCAAUGGCAGAUGUUGUGGUUGCUCUUCAGCAAUCAAUGGCAUUACAAGAACAUUAUGACAGUUCUGCUCGGGCUACAGGUUCAAUGGGUUUCACCCAGAGAAUGCAGCAUCUACUUUUCGGGUCUAUACCUAAACCUGUGGUUUUAUCAUCACCAUCAUCAUCAGCUAGCCCAUUAUGCAUUCCACCUAGUCCUCAUAGAUUCCCGAUGGCUCCAAAAGUUAGUAGGAUUAGGCCGGUUCAUUUGACCAUGAACGAGGUUGAAAGAGUCACGCAAAAUUUUUCACCAUCAUUAAAACUUGGCGAAGGUUGUUCUGGAACCGUAUACAAAGCUCAACUACCCGACGGUCAAUUUGUUGCCAUAAAGCGAGCAAGAAAGAAACAUUUUGAUGCUCUAAGAAGUGAGGGUGAACUUCUUGCAAAAAUUGACCAUCGGAAUCUAGUGAGGCUUCUUGGCUAUGUUGAUACCGAAAAUGAGCGCCUAACCAUCACCGAAUACAUUCCAAACGGUACCCUUAGAGAACAUUUGGAUGGUGUCCAUGGAAGCUUUUUGGACUUUUGUCAACGACUUGAAAUUUGCAUCGAUAUUGCUCAUGGUUUAACGCAUCUCCAUCUAUAUGCUGCAGAGCAGCAAAUUAUCCACCGAGAUGUUAAGUCCUCCAAUAUUCUUCUAACUGAGAGAUUUAAAGCGAAAGUGGCCAACUUUAGGUCUGCAAGGCUUAGAGAUGUAGAGACAACAGAUGUUGUGACUAAAGUACAAGGCACACUCGGGUAUCUUGACCCAGAAUAUAUGAGAACCCAUCAGCUCACCCCAACAAUUGACGUUUACUCCUUUGGAGUUCUAAUUAUAGAAAUUCUAACGGGUCGUAGACCCAUUGAGUCCAAGAGAUCUCCUAAGGAGGUGGUGACACUAAGAUGGGCAUUUGAGAAGUACAAUAAAGGUGAAAUCAAGGAUUUGGCUGACCCUCAAAUGAAGGAAGCACUGGACUGGGAAAUCAUUGGAAAGAUGCUUGAGUUAGCGUUUCAAUGUGCUGCCCCAACACGAGCGGACCGUCCAGAUAUGAAGACAGCGGGAGAGCAGUUGUGGGCCAUCAGAAUAGACUAUCUUAGAAAUGGAAGAAGAGGGUUAGCUUCCGUCAACGACGAAAAGGUUGAAGCAUCAUCUGUAUAAAUCAAAUUAUCAUGCUUAGAUGACUUGUCACAUGUGGCUAUAUGCCAAUGGAUGGUUAGUAUAUGAUGUACAAGCAUCUAAGCGUGUGAUAAAUUUGAUGUUUGUUUUGUGUAUAUAAGACUUGUAUCAUUUGUAUAUAAAUAUGGGUUAUGGUUCUAUUAUAGUUGUUGAUUAUAAAAUGGAGUUAAAUAACUACAAUAUAACAUUGAAAAUUAAUGAUUUUAUCCUUCUGUUAUGGGAA